ACGGAAUCCCGGAAAGCGAGUACGAGAGAUACGCGUGGUGCCCGUUUUAGGAAUAUAUCAGAGCGAGCACACGGAAAAAAGUCUAGAUCCAUUAAAAGUCAUUAAGUUAAUAUAAUAGAAGAAACGAAAGCCCUUUAACGCCGAGGUGACGCGACGCAAGGUUCAUUGGAUUGAUAAAAAAUAUAGGAUGGCGAAGCCUGCGCAAGUUUUACUUAUCGAGCCGGAAAGCGAACUACGAUUCAGGGGCCCAUUCACCGGAGCUCCAGUCACAUCUUACAUAAAAUUAAUAAAUCCUACCUCUAACAAAGUAUAUUUUAAAAUAAAAACGACCGUACCAAAGAAAUAUUGCGUACGCCCUAAUUCAGGAGCCUUGAAGCCAAUGGAAAUUGCAGAAAUAGCAGUAUGCUUACAACCUUGCGAUUUUGAUCCAGCGGAUAAAAAUAAACACAAAUUUAUGGUUCAAAGUUUAAUAGCUCCGGAUAAUGAUCCAGAUGAUUAUUUAAAUAACGAUGUGUGGAAAGAGACAAAACCGGAUCAAUUAAUGGACUCUAAAUUAAAAUGCGUAUUUGAGAAUCCAGUUACAACUACUGCUGCAACUAAAACGACUACAACCACUACGACAACUAGGUCUGAUACUACUACGAAUAAUGAGAAAAAUAAAGGUACUGGUGAUUCAGUGAAAUCAUCUCCAAAGGUAUUGGAAGAAACAGAAGAGAAAUUGUUAAAAGCAGCACAAGAAGUUACUCAGCUUAGAGUAGAAGAAAGUGCUCUCAGGCAGGAGAACCUUCAACUCAGGAGAGAUUUAAUGAAAUACCGGAAUUCAGCAUUGGAGGAUGCUAGAGGUUUGCCAGCUCAAAGCAGUAAUCAGUAUUCUAUGACAUCAAUCAAUUAUCUCAUUACCAUUGCAAUGAUCAUAUUUGGCUAUUUGUUGGGAAAACUAAUCUGAGCAGCUCUUAUUCUUCAAAUAUACCUCGGCACAUCCCUUCUUUCCCUACAUUCUUAGUCUGCCCCCCUGCCAUCUUCAGACUGUAAAGACCAAUUUCAGUCUCGUACCAUUAUUUGGUUGAUAAUAAUAAAUUAUAUUAACAGGAACACAAUCGUGGUCUCCAUUAAUAGGACUAUUUGCUUUGGGAAUGUGCUUAGCCCGGUAAAUCAUCCGAAAUUUUGUUAACUUCGUUCAAUUUUGAAAACUUCAAAUCCUUUUUUAAGAAAUGUUUGUUAUGUUCCAGUCAAGAGUCCAAUGGCUUGGGAUUGAUACCACAUAUUAGUUAAUUGUUAAACAUCUAAGAAAUGUUACUGAUUAACGUGAAAACUAAAUAUCAAGUAGCAUGUCUUGGAUAUAAAUGUUUACUAGUUUAUACAUUUGUUUUUUUAAUAAACUUUCCCCACGCAUACACUUCUUACAAAAGGAUUUUUUUGCUUUUCAAACAACAACACACUUGCCUGCGUCUUCUUUGUGUCUUUGUGUCAUCGAUGCAUAUAUA